GACGAACGAAAUCAUUUUCCUUCAAUCCGACAAGUUCGAGUGGUCAUUAUCGAUAAAAAUGGAUUUUAUGCGCGAUAACACACUGGGCUACAAUCGAUCUCGAGUAAUUCUGCGCCAGCGAUUCAGUAAUGUUUGCACUCGGACUUACAACUUAAAAAAGGGGGCACAAGACGACAAAUAAAUUUCCAAAUCAAUUUUCACAAUGUCGUUCAUUACAAUUUUGAUUGUGACACUAAUGACCCUUCAGCUUAUCGCAAAUGGUCAAACUCAAACCAAAUUCACCGGAUAUUGUGAAUUCGAUUUGGUCGAUGAAUUAAUUGCACUAGAUCCAGAAUUUCUCGAUUUACUUCCAAGUGAAUGUAAAACGAUUGAUGCUGACUCAGAUCUCCGACUAGCAAUGAAGGAAGAAUCGAAUAAAUUCGAAGAGUUCAUGGGAGCUUUGGCUGAAAAGGAAAAUUGGAAAGAACAGGAGAACGAUGAGAGUAAAACAACGCUGGACUUGGAUUUUACGCUGAGGACGAUAGUGUACACAGGUCCUAACAAUUCGACUUUUGGAAAUUGCACAGCAACCACAGAAACAACAAGAGACUACGUCGAUUGUAUAAUUGAUUUUCGACAGGACCUGAUCGAUAAAAUCAAUGACCCAGAAUGAAGUGAACAGAGCUUGUGAUACAAUUACAGUUGGAAUUAAAAGAUAGAAUGGUUGUCUGUAC